AUGGAAGAAAUACGAGGGCUCGAUCCAGCACACACUGAACUAGUCGAAUUAACAAAUGCCGGUUGCAGUUAUCUGAAACACCUCUGCACAGACGAAUUCAAUCUCUACCGAGAGUUUUUCAAUUCUGGUGUGGACCAGCUCUGCACUUAUCUUGAGAACUUAUGCGACUACCUUUACGAUGACUUACGUCCCCGGAUAUUGCAUGAAACUCGCCUCACAACUCUCUGCGAAGUGUGCACGGUACUCCAAGCUCUGAUGGUUCUUGAUGUGGCAGAGCUCCCAGAGGAGCCACCCGAUGACGGCAACCUAAUUGUUGAUUUUGACCAGCCAAAGUCCAAAGGUCUGGGGCAACUUCAUAUCAGUCACCUUCUGCAGAUGGUCCUUCAGGAUGCACAGACCCGGUUGUUCUUCAAAGCACAGUCGCCCGUUAUUUUUGAAGACGUUGCGCACGAGGCCGUGAGCUUUUGCCGUCAAUCGCUAGUCACAUCAUCCAAUUUGGUUGAACAGAGAAGUUCUACCGGCGUGCUAGAUGGCCAAUUAUUUCUCGUUCGCCAUCUGAUUUUGAAGGAGGUUGCAAAUAAUUUGGAUUAUACUCCGAAAGAUACAGAGCCGCGGUCGGAUAUAGGCGGUGUGACGGAUACCUUGGCAUCAGUUCUGAAUCGCACGACUGCAUUACUACCAGAUGCUCUUUUUGCUUCAUUGCGAAUGUCUCGAGGACAUGAUACCUUUUCGGACUCUCGACAUGACAUAGAUCAAGAUCUGAAACGUGCCUGUCAGGAAGUUAUCUCGUUCUGUGCGAGAUUGCCCUGUGAUCCUCUACGAGAGUGGGUGGACCGUGUACAAGCAUUCAACGACGCCCGCAUAGCCUUCUCAUCAGGGCCACAGGCUCCACUCCUUUCGGAGCAAGAAUGGGCAAAGCGUGCUAUCACAGACGAACGGGAUUUGCGGUCAUUCGUGACGAAACUGCGGCUAUACCUCGAGGAUGAUCGGACGGUGUCUGUGCUGGUCACACAUAUAAAGGAGGCGAUCAUUGAUGCUUACCUGAAGUUCCGAAAUGUGGUGUGGAACAUGUAUGCAGGGGCGAUGAAGACAGUCAUAUUUUCGCAAGACGGUCUGCGGGGUUAUUUAAAGGAGCGAGUCUUGGCCUCGAACUACUCAGACGUAUUGGCGUUCAUAUACUCAAAGGUGCAUACAGUCUCUUUGUCCCCACAGCUUCGACAAGCUUUUGCGAUCUCAUGA